CGCUGCUGUCCCCCCGCCAUUUUAUAUUUUCAAUAGGCCGAGCAGCCGCGGCACGCAGCCAGCUAUCUCCACGUUGUUUUCAGCUCGAGUUCCUGCACUUUUUGUCUUUAUUGAGUCUCUUUCUGUGGCAGUAAGUUGAGCCACCGAACCCGGGAACGGUCCCGCUCCUCCGUCAGGUCCAUGAACUGAAACCUGCUGGACUCUGGGGGAGAGACGACCCUUUCCGUAUCGAUCCAGUGAAAGAUGACGCAGUUCCUCCCGCCGAACCUGCUGGCCCUGUUCGCCCCUCGGGACCCGAUUCCGUUUCUGCCCCAGCUGGAGAAGCUUCCCCACGAGAAGCACCACAACCAGCCGUACAGCGGCAUCGCCCCCUUCAUCAGGCACUUCGAGGAUCCAAGAGAUGCCCCCCCACCCACCAGAGCCGAGACCCGCGAGGAGCGUCUGGAGAGAAAGAGGAGAGAGAAGAUUGAGAGGCGACAGGGAGAAGUGGAGACAGAACUGAAGCUCUGGGAUCCCCAUAAUGACCCCAAUGCUCAGGGGGAUGCCUUCAAGACCCUGUUUGUGGCACGAGUGAAUUAUGAUACGACAGAGUCCAAACUUCGUCGUGAGUUUGAAGUCUAUGGCCCCAUUAAACGGAUUUACAUCGUCUACAACAAGCGGACAGGGAAGCCCCGCGGUUACGCCUUCAUAGAGUAUGAGCAUGAGCGGGAUAUGCACUCUGCUUACAAGCAUGCAGACGGAAAGAAGAUUGACGGCAGAAGGGUGCUGGUGGAUGUGGAGCGGGGGCGCACCGUCAAAGGCUGGCUGCCUCGCAGGCUAGGAGGAGGAUUAGGAGGUACGAGGAGAGGUGGAGCUGACGUCAACAUCAAGCACUCUGGUCGAGAUGACGCGUCCCGCUAUGACGACCGUCCCCUUGGGGGUGACCGUGACCGUGGAGAACGCCGGGAGCGCAGUCGUGAGCGGGAUCGGGAUAAAGACAGGGAACGCCGUAGGUCCAGGUCUCGGGAAAGGCGUAGGCACAUGCGCUCCCAAGACCGGGACCGGGACAGAGAAAAACAAAUCGGAGAAGACGGCGCCAGUAGCCGACGCCGCGAACGAGAAAGGGAUCGUGGUGGGGCAGGGGGAGGGAGCAGUAGAAGCAGGGAGAGAAGUCGAGACAGGAAGAGACGGAGCAGGAGCCGGGAUCGCAAGAGAGACCGGGAACGAGGAAAGGGGCUGGAUGGAGAGGAGGGAGCUCAAGGAGACGGUGUUCCAGAGCCCGGCGAGCGCAUUCCAGAGGAGCAGGAAGGAGAAGCGGGCGAAGGUGGAGAUGAUCGCAGAGACAGGGAGCGAGACAGGGACAGGAGGCGGAGCCACAGGGACAGGGACAGGCGUCGGGGGGAGCGGGACAGAGACAGGGAGCACAAGAGAGAUCGUGGAGACCGAGACAGAGGAGAGCGGAGAGAGGAGCGCCACGGUUCUGCGCGGGAGGAAGUGGCUCUUCAAGGAGAUGGGGGCAAUGAGGAGGAUGGAGGCCCGACACACAUGGAGGAGUACAGCCAGGAUGCAAUGAUGGACCAGCAGAUGGUCCCGUCGGUGGACGGCUAUGGCUCCGAGAACGGCUUCAAGAUGGAGCCUGUAGGAGAGGAGUACUGAGGUGGGGGUUAAGAAAGGUUGUUGGGGUGUACUUAGACUCAGCGUCAACCCCCCCACCCCAGUUCUCAGAAAUCCAGGGCUUCAUCACCCUAAAUUCUCCUGUAUCAUUGCACCUCUCAUUGGAACUCAGUAGAAAUUUACAAAAACGCCACAAAAACAUGUCAGUUUGUGACUCAUUAAGGGGGGGGGGUCCUCUGGGAAAGGAAUUAGAAAUCCAUGAAGCAGCAACAUUUCUCUGUAAUGGUGUUACUGUCAUUGUGUGUUGAGGGCUGCUUGUUUUUUUCCAUGUUUUUUGUUUUUUUAACUCCUGCUGUCAGUAGAUUUUCAGGGUCAUUUUAAUAAAGAUGUGACAUGACAGCA